AUGCCGCUCUUUGGUCGUAAGAAAAAUGAUGAGAAGGUGCAUAGCAAAUACAGCUUCAAAGACGUACUUGGAACGGGAGCAUUUUCCGAAGUCGUUUUGGCGGAAAAUAAACAAACAAAGGAAAAAUUCGCGAUAAAAUGUAUCGAUAAACGUGCGGUGAAGGGUAAAGAAAAGUCUCUGGAAAAUGAAAUUGCUAUUUUGCAAAAAGUUGAGCACCCAAAUAUUGUGAAGUUGAUCGAACUCUAUGACAGCAAAACUCAUCUUUAUUUGAUUAUGGAACUGGUAACUGGUGGGGAGCUAUUUGAUAGAAUUGUACAAAAGGGAAGUUAUACUGAACGAGACGCUUCCGUUUUGAUAAAGCAAGUUUUAGAGGCUGUCGGUUAUCUUCAUGAUAUUGGUAUUGUUCAUAGAGACCUGAAGCCGGAGAAUUUGCUAUAUUAUAGUCCAGCUGACGAUUCAAAGAUUAUGAUCAGCGACUUUGGUCUAUCUCACAUGGAUGAUGGUACAGCAAUGGCAACUGCAUGCGGAACACCAGGAUACGUUGCUCCCGAAGUUCUGGCACAAGAACCUUACGGAAAGGAAGUUGACUGUUGGUCAAUUGGCGUUAUUUCAUACAUCUUAUUGUGCGGGUACCCGCCAUUUUAUGAUGAAGAUGAUACGGAAUUAUUCGCUCAGAUUAUGAGAGCUGCAUACGAAUUCGAUUCUCCUUACUGGGACGACAUUUCAGAUUCAGCGAAAGACUUCAUCAACGGAUUGAUGUGUAAAAUUGUAAAGAGAAGAGUCUCUUGUUUGCAAGCCCUUCGUCACCCUUGGAUAUCUGGAGGAGAAGCGCUGACUAAAAAUAUUCACGAAUCUGUUAGCAAUCAGAUGAAGAAAAAUUUCGCAAAAAAAAAGUGGAAGCAAGCUUAUAAUGCGGCUGUGGUUAUUCGACGUCUCAAGCAGCUCGGGAUAAUUGCUGCAUCUCCUGGUAUUAAAUCAUCUUCAAAUGCAAGUAAUGGCCAGACUAAACAACGAAGAAGUUAG